CAAGGGGUAUUUCGUCAUAAAAGGUCAGCGAACCGUAUCUUUUUUGCUGGGCAACACCCACCGAUAUAACUUAGGCCUACAGUAAACAUUUGAAGUAGAUCCAAAUAUUUGAUGAAAGUUGUCCUAAAACUAAUCAACAACACAUAUUUCUUGUCAUGGGACAAUUUUGAAAAACUUUUUCCAUCCACUUCAAAUGUUUACUACUGUAUAUUAGAGACUGUAAUGCCAUCGUAUGGAGCUGUGGCAUUAUCCAUAAAUAAACUGUAUGUAUUCAACUUAAACACUGGGUUAAAAGAUGGCAUGUUAAUAUUUAUUUUAAUUAUAUUUCUAUUCAGCUUUAUUUUAUUAUUAUUUUAAUGGAAUUUCAAUACUUUAAAAACUAACUAAAUAAGAAUAAUACAUUUUUAGUUAUUUCCUAAGGCAACAUUUCUAAUUUUGGUUACUUUUUAAAAAACUUUUAAUUAUUAACAUUUUAUUUCAGCUUAAUUUCAAUGAACCAACGUGAAUUUUAUUAGAUUAGGUGGUCCACAAAGAUAACCCAACUAUACACUCAUUGAUAUACACUCAUCGGCCACUUUAUUAGGUACACCUGUUAUUAUAUUAAUAAGUAUUUGCAAUAUUUUCAGAUAUUUUGUGUCAACUUUUCCAACUGACACACAAGAGUUAAUGCAUCCUUGCCAAAUAAAAGUAUAAUUUUAAAAAUAUAUACUUACCGGCCACUUUAUUAGGUACACCUGUCCAACUUCUCGUUAACGCAAAUUUAUAAUCAGCAAAUCAACAUGGCAGCAACUCAACACCUUAAGGCAUGUUAACAUGGUCAAGACGAUCUACUGCAGUUCAAUCAGAGCAUCAGAAUGGGGAAGAAAGGUGAUUUAAGUGACUUUGAAUGUGGCAUGGGUGUUGGUGCCAGCCGGGAUGGUCUGAGUAUUUCAAAAACUGCUGAUCUACUGGGGUUUUCACGCACAACCAUCUCUAGGGUUUACAGACAAUGGCCCGAAACAGAGAAAAUAUCCAGUGAGCAGCAGUUCUGUGUGUCAGAGGAGAAUGGCCAGACUGGUCAAGCUAAUAGAAAGACAACGGUUACUCAAAUAACCACUUGUUACAACAAAGGUAUGCAGAUGAGCAUCUCUGAACGCAGCGAAAGCGUGAAUCAUCUCAGACUGGUUUCUUGAACACGACAAUGAAUUCACUGUACUCAAAUGGCCUCCACAGUCACCAGAUCUCAAUCCAAUAGAGCACCUUUGGGAUGUGGUGAAACGGGAGAUUUGCAUCAUGGAUGUGCAGCUGACAAAUCUGCCGCAACUGCGUGAUGCUAUCAUGUCAAUAUGGACCAAAAUAUUUCCAGUACCUUGUUGAAUCUAUGCCACGAAGGAUUAAGGCAGUUCUGAAGGCAAAAGGAGGUCCAAACCAGUACUAGUAAGGUGUACCUAAUAAAGUGGCCGGUGAGUGUAUAUCCACAACAAAAUAACCUAUGAGACAGUAUUUUCCCAACAGUAUACUUAGAUUUUUUUUUAUUAUACUUUAACCCUUUUAGAGCAGUUUUCAUGUAUGUUACAUUACUAAACUUUUAAAAACUGGAGAUACCUUGACUAAAAACUAAACAUAUACAGAAAUAUUGAUUGAAAUUUAGCUGAAAUAAAAUGUUAAUAAUUAAAAGUAAAAAAUGAAAAAAAAAAAUAGAAAUAUUGCCUUAAACUAACUUAAAAUAUAUAUAAUGGGCGUCACGGUAUAAUAGCACGAUCGCCUCACGCAAGAAAGGUCGCUGGUUCGAGCCUCGGCUGGGUCAGUUGGCAUUUCUGUGUGGAGUUUGCAUGUUCUCCCCAUGUUCACGAGGGUUUCAUCCGUGUGCUCCGGUUUCCCCCACAGUCCAAAAACAUGUGCUACAGGUGAACUGAAUAAACUAAAUUGUCUGUAGUGUAUGUCUGAAUGCAAGAGUGUAUGGGUGUUUCCCAGUGUUGGGUAGCGGCUGGUAGGGCAUCCGCUUUGUAAAACAUAUAAGUGGAUAAGUUGGUGGUUCAUUCCACUGUGGCAACCCCUGAUUAAUAAAGGGACUAAGCCGAAAAGAAAAUAAAUGAAUAUUUUUACUUAGUUUAAUAAGGCAACAUUUCUAACUUUUUUUAAACUUAAUUUCUAUCAACCAAUAUGAAUUUUAAUAGAUCAGGUGGUCCACAAAGAUUAAAAUACAGAAUUAAGCAUGUUUAUGGCUUUAUACAUGUCUAAAAAUAUUUACAGGUCAUAAAUAUGAUAUAAUCCAUGUUUGCUUUUCAUCUGAUGGUCAAAGUCCAUGUUAAUUUCUUUUUACACAGUCUGCGACAUCUGAGCGCAGGUAAGUAUAUUCUCAUCUAUUUUGACGUACUUCUAGAACUUUGUCGUUAUUUAACAGCACUGACAUUUGUAAAAAUUCAUAGAGGGCAAUAGUAGCACUAUAGUAGUAGGUAUUUUAUAUGCUAUGUUAUUUUAUUAUAGCAGCAUAUGGUAUUUUUAUUUUAUUCCAUCCGAUGCCACGACAUUUCCUGAUACUGCCACAGUAAGCGAAAGAAAUUGGUUUAAUAACUCAACAUGCAUGGUAUUGUACAUUCUUUAGAUAAUACACGAGUUGAUUAUAAUGUUAUUGCUUAUGUGAAAUAUAAUUUUCUAAUGCAAAUCUUUCAGUUGUUAUCACUGUGCUUGCAGCCGUAUCUGCAUCCACUGAUAAUGAGCCUAAAUGUAAGAACUAAUGUAGUAAAUAAAAAUGUACUUUGCAGUAGUUUUGCUUGAGAUGCACGUUCAUGCUAUCAUCUGUUUCAGUUUACCCUCCAAAAGCAACUAGUUAGCAGCUGUUAUCCAUGUGAGCGGAUGUGAUGGCAGAACAAAGUCCAGCCAAAAAAGUUAAAUGUCAAGUCAAGGGUUUCCUUUCUGAAGUGAGCCCUAUAAAAAACACAAAGGCGCCAUACUUUGAUGCCAUUCUUCAGCAUGAAGGAGAACGCAGCAAAAUUGUGUCUUUUAGACCAGAGGAUCACAUGCACUUCCACAAUGCUGAAAGCACGCGGAGUCUGGUGACACUAGAAGAUGUCGUAUUACAGCGGUCUAAGGAGUCCAGCAGAAAAAUGAAUGUGUUUUACACACACAGCUCCAAAAUGUCCUGCGUUCGCAACCUGAGAGAAGCUUUCAAACAAACAAAGUCUGCUGGACCACGAGAUCUACAGGUGUCUGAACUUCUAAAUCGGGAUUCAAAACCAAAUAAGGUCAACAUUAACGUGAAGAUCAUCCAAGAGGUGUGCAAAGGAAACUACGUUGUCUGGGAUGGACGCUACCUUCCUAAAACUAAUUAUAUAGUAGCGGACACUACAGGAUCCAUCAGCCUGACGGUCUGGUGUGAAUGCAACAUUAUCGUCGGAGACUGGUACAACAUCACAAACGUCUCAGUGAAAGAGUUUAGGGGCAAAACAACUCUAUCCACCACUAGAAACACACAAAUCCUCAAAAUCCCAUCUCGAGGGACAGCGGCUGCUUCUGAAGUGCCAACGCAGACUAUAAAAUGUGACAUCAAUGGUGCAAAUAUUAAAAGUGUCGUCGUUUGUCCGCAUUCACAUGAACUCAAAGCUGUGACAUCAUCAGAAUCCACUGUCUAUUGUCUCUCAUGCAACACAUAUUACAAAACCACUGCCAUUGUCUCAAAGUUUAGUGGUCAUCUGAAUCUUAAAGCAGAAUCAGGGAAGGUUGUGAGGGCCAGGAUUGAAGAUGAGCUGAUCAAAUCAGUGGUCAAAGUGGAGGAUGCUUCGUCACCACAGGACAUCAUUCAGAGAUUAAUUGAGCUGCCGCCCAUGCAGAUUACCAUCCGUGAGAGCAACAUUGUGAAGGUUGAAAAUGUUCCUAAUAACACUGAAAUCAAGGCUGAAGCUGAAGCAGAGAUUCCGAUUAAAAUGGAGCCUGUGGAAGAAUCUGAUGACCUCUGUUCACCACCAGACCAUGGGGUUUUAUUCAGUUCACAAUCCAGAAAAAGACCAUCUACUGAUUGAAUCUGAUCAUCGAAGAUCACAACUUAAAUAUUUCAGUUACCGAACAGUACAAGAAACAAAAACAUACCAAUUAUAUGCAGCAUUUUCCUAAUGAAAAUUAACAGUUUUAUACACCCUGCUGAAAAAAAA